UUACCAAACACACCAAAACACUCCUACUACUACUACCACUCCUGUUAUCUUCCUUUUCUUAACAUCUUCAAUUAUUCUUUUCUCUUUCUUUCCUGCAAUUCUCCGGUAAAUUUCUCCUUUUUCCGGUUUUCCCCCUUUUCUUUCCCUGUUUCUGUGCUUAAUUAUAGAUUUGGUGUUUGUUUAGGUUCAACAACCAGUCAUGGAGUGUGUUGAAGGCGCCUUGAAAAGCAGUUUUAUUGGUGUUAAACCCAACAACCAUCAUCAUCCACAGUCCUUUUCCGAUGAUUUCUGGGCAGGAAAUGGUGUCCCCGGCGAUGAUUUCUUUGUUGACGGUCUUCUGGACUUCUCUGAGGACGGUGACUUCGAGGAAGAAAACGAUGUCCUCCUAAAUCCACAUGAUAUCAAUAACGACAAACCCCUUUCCGUUUCACGCCUGAAACCAGAGAACGAUGAAAGUAUCGCCGGUUUCACUAUCCCGGAGAACGACCUCUGCCUUCCGCCGGAUGACGUGGCGGACCUUGAAUGGGUUUCUCAUUUCGUCGACGACUCAUUUUCCGGUGGGUACUCCUUAACAUGUCCCGCCGGUAAGUUCCCGGAGAAGAAAUCGGAGCCUGAACCGGAAACUAUCGUAACCGUAAAGCCUUCUUUCACGUCUCCGGUUCUUACAAAAGCUCGAAGCAAGCGAACUCGUACCGGCGGCCGAGUCUGGUCACGCGGCUCAUCUCCGCUCACCGAUUCGUCGACUUCAAGUUCCUCCUCUUCGUCUUGCACUUCAAACCCUUGGCUCUUUUUCCACGACUCGAACCAAACCGCCGAGUCAAUUUUCGGGAAACCACCGGUCAAGAGACAAAAGAAGAAACACCAAGCGGCGGCAGUCGAGACCGCCGGCGCCGGCCCGCAGCAGCCUCGGCGUUGCAGUCAUUGCCUCGUACAAAAAACCCCACAGUGGCGAGCCGGUCCACUUGGAGCCAAAACGCUUUGUAACGCAUGUGGGGUUCGUUACAAAUCCGGCCGGCUGUUACCGGAAUACAGACCCGCAUGUAGCCCAACCUUCUCCAGCGAAGUCCACUCUAACAACCACCGGAAAGUUUUGGAAAUGCGGCAGAAGAAAGAAGCCGCCGACGCCGGUCUAACACUUCUGGUCCGGAGUUUUUGAAGAAGGAAUUAGCUAGGAAACAGAAAAGGAAAUUAGAAUUGUUAGGAACCCGGUCUAGUUAGUCGGCCCGGUUUGGUGCGGUAGGUUUCUGGUAACCGAUUAGUAAGAGACUUUAAUGUAACUUUUAAUUAUUAAAGUUGUAUCUCUUAUUUUUAGCUUUAUUUCU